UUACAGACUGUAUUUUUGUCAUAACUUCCGUCAUGUUAACACUAGCUGUGAUAUUCGUGUUUUGUGUUGCUGUGUAUCUUUACAGCAUUAGUACAUUCAAAUAUUGGGAAAGCAGAGGAGUCAAACAUGACAAGCCAAUACCAUUUCUCGGCAAUAAUGCACCGAUGUACUUUAUGAAGAAAAGUAUGACACAAAUAGGUGUUCAAUUGUACUGGAAAUACUCAAAAGAGAAAGUCGUAGGUUUUUAUCGAGCAAUGCGUCCGGAACUUUUGAUAAGGGAUCCAGAAAUAAUAAAACGUGUUCUUGUUACUGAUUUUGAAAAUUUUCACAUGAGAGGUAUCAACACACAUAGAACAGUAGUUGAGCCUCUAGCAAAAAAUCUUUUUCUCGCUGACGGCGAUGUUUGGAAGUUGUUGAGACAACGCAUGACUCCUGCGUUCACCAGCGGUAAACUGAAGGCGAUGUUCCCUCUCAUUGUGGAGCGCGCUGAGCGCCUGCAGAGCCAAGCCAUUAAUGCUCCAACAACUGGACGAGUUCUGGACUCUCGGGAAAUAAUGGCGCGAUACACCACUGACUUCAUCGGUGCUUGUGGUUUCGGACUCGACUCGGAUUCUCUAAGUGAAAAAGAUUCUGCUUUUAGAAAGCUUGGGAUAAAAAUGUUUAAAGUGGAAGUGAAAGAACUUAUUAAACAAACGUUUAAAGAAAUAUUCCCUGAAAUAUUCAAACAUUUGAGACUACUUAACAAAGUAGAAAAAGAGAUGUACUCACUUGUUCGCAGCAUUCUUAAGAAAAGAAAUUACGAACCAUGUGGUAGGAAUGACUUUGUCGACCUGCUCCUUGAUUGUAGGAAAAAAGGAAAAUUAGUAGGAUUAUCUAUAGAGAAAAUGAAACCAGAUGGAACACCAGAAGAAGUGUCUAUGGAAUUGACUGAAGAACUCUUUGCAGCUCAGAUAUUUGUAUUUUUUGCUGCGGGAUUCGAAACAUCAUCCUCCUCUACGAGUUACACUUUACAUGAACUUGCUUACAAUCCUGAGGAGCAACGGAAAGUGCAAGAAGAAAUUGACAGAGUUUUAGCGAAAUACAAUAACAAGUUAUGUUAUGAUGCAGUUAGCGAAAUGACUUAUCUGCAUUGCGCUUUCAAAGAAGGUAUACGAAUGUUUCCGUCGUUGGGUCAUUUGGUGAGAAAGUGUGUCCGAAAAUACACAUUUCCUGAAUUAAAUCUUACGAUUGACGAUGGAGUAUCAAUAUAUAUACCAGUUCAGGCGCUGCACAAGGAUCCACAAUACUUUGAGGAGCCAGAACAAUUCAAGCCAGCGCGUUUCUUAACCGAUUUCAUUCAUCCUAUGACGAAACAUAUUUAUUUGCCAUUUGGUGACGGUCCUCGUGCAUGCCUUGGUAAGAGACUCGGUCUAAUGCAGUCUCUGGCGGGUCUGGCGGCGGUGCUGUCGCGCUACUCGGUUGAACCCGCGCCUCACACGUUGCGCCAUCCAAAGAUUGAUCCCUCUUCUAAUAUAGCACAAAGUGUUGUCGGGGGUUUACCUCUGAUAUUCAAACUGAGAACUUAGUACCUAGUCGUCCUUAAGUGCUCUUUUUUCUAUUGGUUUGAUUUCACUUUAAUGCUAUAAACUGUAAUUAUAAGACAAGCUUGUAAAUAAUUUAAUUAAAAAGCGUUUUUAUUGCAGUAA